UCACGCCACGGCACGCCUGUCAGGGAGAAUGGCUGAGCUGGAGAGCUGGGAGUUUGGCAAAAGCGACUUUGUCUUAUUGGAUAACCUCACCAUAGAGGAGUUCUUAGCGAAUUUGAAAGUGAGGUUUGAUAAGAACAGAAUCUAUACCUACAUUGGAGAAGUGGUUGUCUCAGUAAAUCCAUACCAGCAUGUUGACUUAUAUGGAAGAGACAUGAUCGAACACUACAAGGGAAGAGAACUGUACGAAAGACCACCACAUUUGUAUGCCAUUGCAGAUUCAGCUUACAAAGCCAUGAAAAGGAGAGCCAAGGACACAUGCAUUGUAAUAUCAGGUGAAAGUGGUUCUGGCAAGACAGAGGCGAGCAAAUAUAUAAUGCAAUAUAUUGCAGCCAUCACCAACCCCAGCCAGAGGGUGGAAGUUGAGAGUGUAAAAAAUAUUUUGCUGAAGUCCAACUGUGUCCUGGAGGCUUUUGGGAAUGCAAAGACGAAUCGGAACGACAAUUCCAGCCGCUUUGGGAAGUACAUGGAUAUCAACUUCGACUUUAAGGGGGAUCCCACUGGCGGACACAUCAAUAAUUAUUUGCUUGAGAAGUCACGAGUGAUUGUUCAACAAAGAGGUGAAAGGAAUUUCCAUUCCUUUUAUCAGCUGAUCCUGGGUGGCUCUGAUGAUCUGUUGAAGUCCUUGUACCUGCAGAGAGAUGCUGAAGAAUAUGCAUUUAUUAGAGAUGGAGCUACUGUCAAUUCUGUGAUCAAUGACAAGGAGAAUUUCAAGGCUGUAAUGAAAGCAAUGGAAAUCAUCGGAUUCAGUGAUAAAGAAAUUGAUACCAUCUACAAAAUCUUGGCCACCAUCUUGCAUUUGGGAAAUCUAAUGUUUAUCACAGAGAGUGACACUGCCUCCAUCAGCAAUAAUGACGUGGUAUCACAGAUUGCAGACAUCACUAUGGCAGAGCCGGACACCGUCAGGAAGACCCUUCUUCAUCGAACUGUGGCUACAGGAGGGGGUGAAGUGAUUGAAAAGGGUCACACAGUACAGGAAGCCGCAUAUGGUAGAGAUGCCUUUGCCAAGGCUAUUUAUGAGCGCCUAUUUUGUUGGAUUGUGAAUCGUAUCAAUGAUGUCAUUGAGGUAAAGGGUUAUGAUCCACGCAUUCACGGAAAGAACACUGUAAUCGGAGUGCUGGAUAUUUAUGGAUUUGAGAUCUUUGAAAACAACAGUUUUGAACAGUUCUGCAUAAAUUACUGCAAUGAGAAGCUCCAACAGCUCUUCAUUGAACUGAUCCUGAGGCAAGAGCAAGCAGAGUACCAGAGGGAGGGCAUUGAGUGGCAACAUAUUGACUAUUUCAACAAUCAAAUCAUUGUGGAUCUUGUGGAACAGCCACACAAAGGAAUUAUUGCCAUCCUGGAUGAGGCCUGUAUGAAUGUCGGGAAGGUGACAGAUGCCAUGUUGGUGGACACCAUGGACUCCAAGUUGGGCAAACAUGCCCACUACACUAGCAGAAAGCUGUGUCCGACUGAAAAGAAUAUGGAGUUCAACAAACACUUCAGGAUAAAGCAUUACGCUGGACAAGUCACGUACUCAGUGGAAGGCUUCAUUGAUAAGAACAAGGACACACUCUAUCAAGACUUCAAACGUCUAAUGUACAACAGUUCUAACGCUGUGUUGAAAGACAUGUGGCCAGAUGGGAAACUGGGUAUUACAGAGGUCACCAAACGACCUCUGACUGCUGCGACCCUCUUCAGAAGUUCCAUGAUUGCACUCAUUGUUAACUUGGAAUGUAAGGAACCCUACUACGUACGAUGCAUUAAGCCAAAUGAACAGAAAUCUCCCUUAAUCUUUGACUAUGAACGCUGUAGACACCAGGUGGAAUAUUUGGGACUGUUGGAAAAUGUACGAGUGAGGCGAGCUGGAUUCGCUUAUCGGCAACCAUAUGAGCGUUUCCUGCUGAGGUAUAAGAUGAUUUGUGAGUACACUUGGCCCAAUCACCUGAUGUCAACAGACCUGGAAGCCACCCGUAUGAUCAUAGACCAACAUGACUUCCAGCAAGAUGUUGCUUAUGGAAAGACAAAGCUAUUCAUUCGUACACCACAAACGCUGUUUGAAUUGGAAUCAGCACGAGCAGAAACAAUUCCUUUCAUUGUGCUGUUUCUGCAGAAGCUCUGGAGGGGAGCCCUCGCGAGGAAACGUUGUCGGGGUAUGAGAGCUGUCUAUGCAAUCAUGAGUUAUUACAAAACAUUCAAGGUCAAGGCGUAUCUCAUUGAGGUAAUGAGACGCUUCCAGAAUGUACGGAGCAUGAGUGACUAUGGAAAGAGUGUGGCAUGGCCAACGCCUCCAACAGUCUUAGUCAAAUUCGAGGAGAAUAUGAGGUAUCUGUUCCGAAGGUGGAGGGCGCGACAAAUUGUGAAAAACAUCCCACCCUCUGAUAUGCCACAAAUCAAGGCAAAGAUUGCUGCCAUGGAUGCACUGCUGGGGCGAAGAAAAGACUGGGGUGUUCAGAGAAACUGGGAGCAGGAUUACCUCUCAUCUGUCAGGUACAAUCCAGAGAUGAUGUCCCAGUUUACCACAACCAUGAAUAGACUGAAAGGCAAGGAGCAAUUCAGCUCUGUGCUGUUCUCUGCACACGUACGAAAGGUCAAUAGGUUUAAUAAAUGUGAAGAUCGAGCUAUUCUCAUCACUGACCAGUACCUGUACAAACUGGAGCCUGCCAAACGCUACAAGAGCAUGAAGGCACUGCCACUUAGUCAUGUAACUGCAAUCAGCAUUACCAAUGGUAGAGAUCAGUUGAUCAUCUUUCACACCAAGGCAAAUGAUGAUCUGGUGGUUUGCUUGGACAAGAUGCAAUGUGGAAAUGAUAAUAGGAUUGGAGAAGUUGUUGGUGUCUUGGCAAAUCACUUUAACAGGUAUAAGAUGCCUCUGCAGGUCAACGUCAGCAACCCAAUCAAUUGCAACAUGCAUGGUAAAAAACGCACAGUGUUGGUGGAGGAGAGAAUUGAACAAACACAGCCCGACUUCAAGAAAAAUCAUACAGGCUUCACAUUGUACUGGCCAGGAAUAUAACACUCAUGAGACUAAGGAUUUCAGUUGCAGCACACUGAGUAAUGUCUUUAUUGUGAUGUUUUUAUAUAUAAUAAACUAUUCAAGUACUUUCCAUUCCGGUAAAUAUUCUGUCCUGGGAAAUUAGUUUUCAAACUUUACAGGUGAUCAUAUACAUGAGUGAUAUAAUCAAACCAUAAAAUGGUUAUAGCACAGCAGGAGACCAUUCAGCCCAUCCAGUCUGUCCCCUGACUGAAAGAGUAAGCUCACUGGGAACCUUCCCUGCAGCUGUAUGAUGCUUUUCUCUUCAGGCGCUACUCCAGAUCCUAACUACCCACUGUUUUUUAAAAGUAUUUUCUUCUCAUGUCAUUGUUGGCUUGUUUGCCAAUUACCUUAAAUCUGUAUGUCCUGGUUCCUGACCGUUCUACUAAAGGGAUAUAAUUCUCCCUGCAUAGUCUGUCCAGACCCCACAUAUUUAUGCAGACAUCCAUCAAAUCUCCUCUCAACCUUCUGUAAGAAAUGCAACCCAAGCUUCUCCAGUCUAUCCAAGCAAUGAAAAUUUACCACUUGAAAUUGGUCUCAUAAAUCUUAUCUGCACCACCUCUGAAUCCUUAACAUAUUUCCUAUAGUGUGGUGCCCAGAAUUAGACCCAAAAUUCCAGUUAAGGCUGAGUCCACAUUUGAUACGUAACUUUCCUGCAUUCAUACACUCUGCUCGUGUUGAUGAAACCAUGGAUCCAGAUUUGUGCAUAUGAACCCUCCAUGUCCAUGCACUCUUUUUGGAAUUGUAUCCUCUACUUUAUAUUGACUCUUAUCAUUCUUUUACCAAAGUGUAUCAUUUCACACUCCUCUGCCUACCUCCUAUGAUAAACAUAGACAUAUCGUAUUAUAAGCUUUCAAUGGAUACUUUAUAUGGACCUGAGCUUUUAAGAUAGCUACCACAAAUCAUAUGAUUUUGUGGCCUUUGGACUACAGACAGUAUCAGGUCUCCAGCAAAUACCUAAUUAAAUAUGGAUGUAAUCGAUUGUGGAAUUCAAAGAUUUUAUUGCUUAAACUAAAGAUAAUAGAGUUUCCCCACUGCCAGUUACAGUGGUGUUUUAAUUCUCAGCUAAUGUUAUUACUGGAUAAUUCAGCUCCCAGGUUGUAAUCUGGCUUGAUAGA